AUGGUUGUUGCGGUAGCGGCUGGCGCAUCUGCUGGCCCGGUUCUCUUUUCAUACGUUGGGUGCGAAAGGGGGCGGUGGCGGUCCUAUCAGUGGGUUACACUGAUGGCGGGGAGUGUAGAAUCCGAGAACGUGCUUGGUAUUUAUCAAACCGGUCGUGGUGGUUUAAGAGCUGUUGAUCCUAACGAAGUAAGGUUAAAUACUCUAUUUGUUUGUGUGGAUGAAAUGAUUAAAGUGAGUUAUUCAGCACGUAAUAGUACCCUUCAAAUCUGUUUAAAGCUCCAGAAAAUACAUCCAGCUGUGAUUUUUGCAUCAUUUUCAUAUCUAAUUCACUGUGUCCAUCAAUAUACAUCAUCAUUUUUCCAUCACAUCAUUAACAUGGCUGCUGAGGCUGAGAAGCUUAAUUUGGACAAUAUCAUCGCUAGGCUCCUAGAAGAACUUGAGCAAUUGAAUAUAUUUGCAGUGCGUGGCUCGAAGCCAGGCAAAAAUGUACAGCUGACAGAAAAUGAGAUUAAAGGCCUAUGUAUCAAAUCACGUGAAAUAUUUCUCAGUCAACCAAUCUUAUUAGAACUCGAGGCGCCUCUAAAAAUUUGCGGUGAUGUACAUGGACAGUAUUAUGAUUUACUGCGACUUUUUGAAUAUGGUGGUUUUCCACCCGAAUCAAAUUAUCUCUUUCUUGGGGAUUAUGUAGACAGAGGUAAGCAAUCGCUUGAAACAAUCUGUUUACUUUUGGCUUAUAAGAUAAAAUAUCCCGAAAACUUUUUCCUCUUACGCGGGAAUCAUGAAUGCGCCUCUAUUAACAGGAUAUAUGGUUUUUAUGAUGAGUGUAAGCGACGUUACAAUAUCAAACUGUGGAAAACUUUCACUGACUGCUUCAAUUGCUUACCAGUAGCAGCAAUAAUAGAUGAGAAGAUUUUCUGUUGCCAUGGAGGUCUUUCACCUGAUCUGCAGUCUAUGGAACAGAUUCGACGUAUUAUGCGCCCAACGGAUGUGCCAGAUCAAGGUCUACUUUGCGAUCUUUUAUGGUCCGAUCCAGAUAAGGAUGUUACUGGCUGGGGUGAGAAUGAUCGAGGUGUUUCAUUUACCUUUGGCCCCGAAGUUGUGGCGAAGUUCCUGCACAAGCAUGAUUUGGAUCUCAUUUGUCGCGCUCAUCAGGUCGUAGAGGAUGGUUAUGAAUUUUUUGCUAAGAGGCAAUUGGUAACAUUGUUCUCCGCACCAAAUUAUUGUGGAGAGUUCGAUAAUGCCGGGUCGAUGAUGACAGUAGAUGAGACGCUUAUGUGUUCCUUUCAGAUUUUGAAACCAGCGGAUAAGAAGAAAUUUCCAUAUAGUGGCGUCGGAUCUGGCCGUCCAGUAACACCACCGAGGACUCCCGCUCCAAAUGCUAAAAAAGGAAAGAAAUAG